AUAUUAAUUUUGGAUUUUUAACAUUGUACAAUGUACUACAAGAACUCAAGUUUUACUAUCUGCUGUUCUAUGUCAGUCUCCUGACCUACCAAAUAAAGAAAAAAACACCAAAUCAGAAGAGAGGAAGUGCUAAGCGAAUACAGGAACCAAAAAGGGUUAUAGAGGCUGCUUUACGCCGUCUCAUUCAGUUGCUUUGCGGUCCUCUCCUUCAGCACAUGCCAAAGCAGUUUCUCACCCUGUGAGACCUGAGCAUCCAAGUGCGGGGCGAUGGAAGAGUUGGAUGCCUUAUUAGAGGAACUGGAACGUUCCACCCUCCAGGACAAUGAUGAAUGUUCCAACCCAGAUCCUAUUUCCCUGGGUCAGCAUUCCAGAAAAGAGAGUAACAUUGCUGAGACUUCAGAGAUCCUUCCUGUUCAGGAUAGCAGAAAUUCCAUGCCGGUGCAGCUUGUGUAUACUACCAAUAUCCAGGAAAGCAAUAUCUACAGUGAGGUUGAAGAGCCAAAGGAAUCACCACCUCCUCCUAAAAUCUCAGCAGCUGCCCAGUUGGAUGAGCUCAUGGCCCACUUAAGUGAAAUGCAGGCCAAGGUGAGUAUAAGAGCAGAUGCUGGCAAGAAACACUCACCAGACAAGCAGGAUCAGAAGACCUCCCUGGACUCAAUGCUUGGGGGUUUGGAGCAGGAAUUGCAGGACCUUGGGAUUGCCACGGUACCCAAGGGCCACUGUACUUUCUGCCGGAAACCAAUUGCUGGCAAGGUGAUCCACGCUCUUGGACAGUCCUGGCAUCCGGAGCACUUCAUCUGUACUCACUGCAAAGAAGAGAUUGGCUCCAGUCCCUUCUUUGAACGGAAUGGCUUGGCCUACUGCCCCAAGGACUACCACCACCUUUUUUCUCCACGCUGUGCCUACUGUGCUGCUCCCAUCCUGGAUAAAGUGCUGACGGCAAUGAACCAGACUUGGCACCCAGAGCACUUCUUCUGCUCUCACUGUGGAGAGGUGUUUGGUGCAGAAGGCUUUCAUGAGAAGGACAAGAAGCCAUAUUGCCGAAAGGAUUUCUUAGCCAUGUUCUCACCCAAGUGUGGAGGCUGCAAUCGCCCAGUGUUGGAAAACUACCUUUCAGCCAUGGACACUGUCUGGCACCCAGAGUGCUUUGUGUGUGGGGACUGCUUCAGUAGUUUUUCUACUGGCUCCUUUUUUGAACUGGAUGGACGUCCGUUCUGUGAGCUCCAUUACCAUCACCGCCGAGGAACCCUAUGCCAUGGGUGUGGGCAGCCUAUCACUGGCCGUUGCAUCAGUGCCAUGGGGCACAAGUUUCAUCCUGAGCACUUUGUGUGUGCUUUCUGCCUGACACAGUUGUCAAAGGGUGUCUUCAGGGAGCAGAAUGACAAGACCUAUUGUCAGCCCUGCUUCAGCAAGCUCUUCCCACUGUGAUCUCAACUGACCCACAGCCUCUUCAAAUCCUCUAUAAAAUUUAAACCAAGAGAGAAGAGAGUACAUUUGCUGUUACUAACCUUCUGCUUAAUAGGCUUAUAGAGAAAGUAAAGAUAAUGAGCAAAUAAGGAAACUUCUAGAUGUUACAUGACUAGACUCAUAAUCUUACUUUUAGAGUUCUAGUAUUUUAAAAAUCAAAUACUUGAAUUUAAAUCUAGAUCCUGCUGUCUAGUACCACUGCAGAUGUAUCUACCGCAUGCGUAAUUCAUUCCACCACCAGGGACCUCGGUUUUCUCCAGUUUCACCUUUACCGAUGACUCUGCUCAUAUUGCUUGCCUUUGUCCUUCAUCCUUGUUCCUUUUCCAUCUUUCCUUAUUUCUAGGUAACUCUCUGUUCUAGUCACUGAGGUGGACUUUACUCUUGCUGUCAGGAAUCAUGAUUCCACUCUGAAAAUUCUUUGCAUCUUUCUUCAGUGUUUUUCUCUUUUUCUUGAGAAGAUAGAUUUCUAACUAGACAGCUUUGGGUACUGGCAUCAGUGAUGAAUAAAGUGGUUUGCGGUUUUAAUGA